AAUGUCUGCAGCAUGUGACUUCGUUGCACUCCACACUGGGCAGAAGAUGCCUCUCCUAGGACUGGGAACUUGGAAAAGCGAACGUGGCCAAGUGAAAGAAGCAGUGAAAUAUGCCCUAAGUGUGGGUUACCGCCACAUUGACUGUGCAGCAGCUUACAGUAAUGAAGCAGAGAUCGGUGAGGCUUUCCAGGAGUGCCUUGGGCCCAGCAAGGUUAUUAAAAGGGAGGACCUGUUUGUAACAUCAAAGCUCUGGAAUACCAAGCACCACCCAGAAGAUGUAGAGCCAGCACUAAGGAAAACACUUGACGAUUUGAAAUUGAAUUACUUGGACCUGUACCUCAUGCAUUGGCCUCAUGCCUUUGAACGAGGGGACAAUCUCUUCCCAAAGAAUCCUGAUAACACAAUGCGUUAUGAUUACACUGAUUACAAGGAUACCUGGAAGGCUAUGGAGAAGCUGGUAGUAAAAGGUCUUGUGAAAGCCAUUGGGCUGUCAAACUUCAACAGCCGUCAGAUCGAUGAUAUACUAAGUGUGGCUACUGUCAAACCAGCUGUGCUCCAGGUAGAAUGCCAUCCUUACCUAGCUCAGAAUGAGCUGAUAGCUCACUGCCAGAAGCGAGGACUGGUUGUCACUGCCUACAGCCCCCUUGGUUCUCCAGAUCGCAUGUGGAAACAUCCAGAUGAGCCUGUGCUCCUAGAAGAACCUGGGAUUAAAAAACUGGCAGAAAAAUACAGCAAGUCACCUGCACAGGUUAUUCUCAGAUGGCAAGUGCAGCGUAAAGUGGUUGCCAUUCCCAAGAGUGUCACUCCCACUCGUAUUCAGGAGAAUCUCCAGGUGUUUGAUUUCAGCCUCACAGAAGAAGAGAUGAGCCACAUUGGAAGCCUGAAUAAAAACUGGCGUUACAUUGUGCCAAUGAUCACGGUGGAUGGCAAGCUAGUGGCCAGAGAUGCUGGACACCCCCAUUACCCCUUCAAUGACCCCUAUUAACUACUAGAAAAUAAGAUGUUAAGUAACAUGCUCCCCUUGCAUGUCCUUCCACAAAAUAAUUGUUGCCACAAUUCGUCAAAAAAUCCUGUCCAAAUGAAACCUUCCUUCCUGAGUAGGUUUACUUACACUGUACUGCUUCUGAUUGACCUCCUUUCUGGAGAUACUGUAGCUUCCAUGUCAAAGUUUGUGGAUUUAUUACAAUGACCACAAGCUUGCUCCUGGAAG